GGUUAUGGAGACUAUUGAAAUAAAUUCAACUAUUAAAAAUAAUGUGAGCAAUAAUAAUAGCAAUAAAAAAAUAAAAAGAAUUCAUCCAUCAACAAGUUACAAUGAAUUUUUUACCAAUUAUCUUCAACCAAAUCAACCAUGUGUUAUCCAAUCUGGUAUCACAAAUAAUUGGCCAUGUGGUACUCAUUGGAAUCAAAACAAAGCGCCAAAUUUAAAUUAUUUACAACAAAUUUAUGGUCAAUCAGAUGUACCAGUUGCAAAUUGUCACGUUAAAUACUUUAACGCACAUGAAAAAACAACAAUGAAAAUGCACGACUACAUCAACUACUGGAUAAAUUAUAUAAACAACAGUUAUAAUAAUAACUCACCAUUAUUAUAUUUAAAAGAUUGGCACUGUUUAAAAGACACAAAUAAAGCAAUCUACAAUGUACCAAAAUUUUUUGCAUCAGAUUGGCUCAAUGAAUAUUAUUUAGCUCAUCCAGAACUCAAUGAUGAUUAUAUGUUUGUCUACAUGGGACCAAAAGGAUCAUGGACAUCUUUUCAUGUUGAUGUUUUUAAAUCAUACAGUUGGUCUGCUAAUAUUGUUGGUAAAAAAAGGUGGCUAUUAUUAAAACCAGGCUGUGAAAAAUUAUAUUACGAUUCAUAUGGUAAUUUACCUCAUGACAUUGAAACUUUAAUCAACAAUAAUACUGAUGAUAAUAACAAUAAUAAUAAUAGUGGAGAUGAUGAUAAUGAUAUAUUGGAAAUAAUUCAAGAACCUGGUGAAAUUGUAUUUGUACCAUCUGGCUAUUAUCAUCAAGUAACAAAUAUUGAAGAUACAAUAUCAAUAAAUCAUAAUUUUAUAAAUUCAUGUAACAUAUGGAAUAUAUGGAUUGAAUUAAAAUUAUCAUUAAAUGAUGUUAUGAACGAAAUUAAGGAUUGUUAUGAUAUGGAUAAUUGGAAUGAUCAAUGUCAAUUAUUAUUAAAAGCAUCAAAUGGAAUUAAUUAUAUUGAAUUUUAUAAAUUUUUAUAUUUUAUAUUAACAAAACGUAUUGAUUCGUUGAAUAAUAAUAAGCAAUGUUGUUCAUUUGAUAAAUUUACACUCGGUUAUAAUCAUUGUAUUUUUGAUAUUAAAAGUGCUAAAUAUGUACUUGAUAAUUUUAUUGAAGAUGUUAAUGAUAAAAAUAUUUUUGAUAUUGUUAUAGUUGAUAAUAAUGUUGAUGAAUUAAUUGAAAAAAUUAAUGAUAUAUUAUUAAUUGUUGAUAUUUAAUAAAUAUACUUUUUACAACAAUUGAAAA